AUGUCUAUUGUGAAACAUCUGCUAUCACUCAAAACAUUUGACAUCAAUCGAAAAGGAGGCAGUGAUAUGCAGACACCAGUCAUGGUCGCAGCAGAAAGGGGACAUUAUGAUGUGUAUAACCUUCUUGUCUCAGAGGGGGCUGAACUGUCACUUACUGAUGAAUACAACUUUGACUGCCUCAUGUUGGCAUGCAAGGGAGGAAACAUGUCUAUUGUGAAACAUCUCCUAUCACUCAAAACAUUUGACAUCAAUCGAAAAGGAGGCUUCUUCAUGCAGACACCAGUCAUGAUGGCAGCAGAAAGGGGACAUUAUGAUGUGUAUAACCUUUUUGUAUCAGAGGGGGCUGACCUUUCACUUACUGACAAAUACAACAGUGACUGUCUGAUGUUGGCAUGCUUGGGAGGAAACAUGUCUAUUGUGAAACAUCUCCUAUCACUCAAAAUAUUUGACAUCAAUCGAAAAGGAGGCUUCUUCAUGAAGACACCAGUCAUGAUGGCAGCAGGAAGGGGACAUUAUGAUGUGUAUAACCUUCUUGUCUCAGAGGGGGCUGACCUGUCACUUACUGAUGAAGACAACAGUGACUGUCUGAUGUUGGCAUGUGAGGGAGGAAACAUGUCUAUUGUGAAACAUCUCCUAUCACUCAAAACAUUUGACAUCAAUCGAAUAGGAGGCAUUUACAUGCAGACACCAGUCAUGAUGGCAGCAGCAAGGAGACAUUAUGAUGUGUUAGACAUUCUUGUCUCAGAGGGGGCUGACCUGUCACUUACUGAUGAAGGCAACAGUGACUGUCUGAUGUUGGCAUGCAAGGCAAGAAACAUGUCUAUUGUGAAACAUCCCUUAUCACUCAAAAUAUUUGACAUCAAUCGAAAAGGAGGCUUCUUCAUGCAGACACCAGUCAUGAUGGCAGCAGGAAGGGGACAUUAUGAUGUGUAUAACCUUCUUGUCUCAGAGGGGGCUGACCUGUUACUUACUGAUGAAGACAACAGUGACUGUCUGAUGUUGGCAUGUGAGGGAGGAAACAUGUCUAUUGUGAAACAUCUGCUAUCACUCAAAACAAUUGACAUCAAUAGAAAAGGAGGCAGCGAUAUGCGGACACCAGUCAUGAUGGCAGUGAAAAAGGGACAUUAUGAUGUGUUUUACCUUCUUGUAUCAGAGGGGGCUGAUCUGUCACUUACUGAUGAAGGCAACAGUGACUGA